AACAGCUACUAUUCCGACUCGGAUGACCUUGACAUACGAGUCUCGAGGCGUCGGGCACCGUCGCCUUCACAGGUUCACUAUGUCGAGGCGAGAUCGAGACCCAGUAGGAACUACUACCCGUCAGCAGGCCAACAGCCUAGCUUUUUGGCUCCUGAGCGCACAGUCAUUACCACUCGCACUCGAUCAAGAGAGCGUUCCCGUGAGCGCCAUUCCACUCCACCGGGCCCCGCUCCGGCUCCCAUCUCCGCUCCGGCUCCGGCUCCUGUGAUUAUCAAUAACCGUAUUUACAACGAGCACUCGUCCGACGACGAGGACGACCGCCACAUGCAGGUCUACCACGGCCGUCACCGUUCUCAUUCCCGUGGUCACUCGUCUCAUUCCCGGUCACCUUCGUCCUCUUACAUGACCCGAGAGGAUUAUGAGGCAGAGCGGGCUCGACAAGAGCUGGCGGAACUCAAAAUCAGUCAGGCUCGCGAGAAAGAGGAACGCCGGGUUCAAAAGGAGUUCCGAGAGGAAGCUGAGCUCCAGCGCGCCAAGCGCGAUCUCGAAGAUAUCCGAAACCGUGAGGCUCGCGCUGCUGAAGAACAGCGCUUCAAGACCAAGAUCGAAUUGGAAAAGUACCAAGAGGACAUGCGGAAGGCAGACUUAUCCAAGAAGCGAGAAAAGGAAGCUGCUGAUGCCGUAGAGCGCUACAAGAGAAAGGAGGCAGAUCGACUUGCGCAAGAGAAGAAGGAAAAGGAGCAGCGUGAAAAGGAAUUUCAGCAAAGGCUCAAGGAAGAGCGUCAAAAGGAGCUGGACAAGCUGGCCAAGGAAAAGAAGGAGAAGGAGGAGCGCGAGAAGGAGUACCAGAGACGUCUCCAAGAGGACCUACGUAAAUCAGGUCUUGACGACAAGGCUAUUGCUGCCAUCCUCAAGAAGGAGAAGAUUCCGGAGCCACCGAGACAAAGACCAGUUCAGCAUGACAAUGCGCUCGUUGCUGGGAAUCGCCCAACCUACACGCGUAUGGCACGAAAGCAUCUUUCGAUUGAAACCUUGAGAACAUAUCAGGUCGAGUGGGAAAUGGACGUUGAUCCUGAAUACGUGCUCAUCAGACGAUGGGUGCCGGAAUGGGAGCAAGACACCCUUUGGAGACACACCAGGUCGAUUCGCGAGAAGCGCUCAUCCAAGCUCGUACUUGAGAUCGAAGACAAGAAGUCGCACCGCCACGAACCAGAGUUCGAAUGGGUCAGAAAGAAGAGUGACCGGAAGAGAAGCAAGUCGCCCGCGCUCCUCAUGUACCUUGCGGGAGCGAAACCGGCAUGA